GCUGGGUCUUCCGAUCCGGCGGUGGCGGCGCUGGCCAACAGCUGCCUCUACUGCACCUUUGCCGUGUUCGGCUACUUCGGAUCUGCCUUCUUCAACCUUUUCGGGCCCCGACCGCUUUUGUCGAUCGGUGGGCUGACGUAUGCGGUCUAUGCGAUCUGCAUCUACUUCACGGCACAAUACAAGCUGCUGGCCGUCGUGGGGGGCAUCGUGCUUGGCAUCGGUGCCGGGCUGUUCUGGACGGCGCAAGGGUCGCUGAUGAUGGCCUAUGCGACGCCCAGCUCAAGAGGACGCUUAAUUGCAGUCUUCUGGGUCAUCUUCAACUUGGGAGGCGUCGUGGGUGGGCUGCUCCAGUUUGCGCUGAACUUCCAGACGACCGGCGGCAGCGCGAGCCCAAUUUCGUACUUUACGUUCGUAUGU